UGUGUGUGUGUGUGUGUGUUUGAGGUUUGUCCGUACUGGUGUACAGUGUGGGGUGGGUGCACUCAGAGUGACCAAAAGCAAUCUGCUCUGGUCCAAUCAGCCUCAGUGCCUACCUUCACACAUAAGCGGCAGGGCACUCAGGUCUGUUGGAGCGCGCAGACCUACACAUACACACAUACUUAGACAUUUGUCACAUUCACACACAAACACACACAUUUCACGCACCCUCCCUCUUCAAGGCACCCUGUGCGACCUCUCAUCAUUGGCCAAGUCCCGGAGCCCUCAGCAUCUCCAUCACGGCUGAAGGGACCAUUCGGGAAAGCAGGAGACAGAGGUGGACCAUGAGGAUGAUUGUGCAGCUCGUAUUUGGACUCUUCGUCCUCAAAGCAGCAGUGGCCAGCCCCAGGUUUUCACGACAAGUGGAUUCGGACACAUAUGAUACUGCUAACUAUGACUACGAAGACCAAAUGAUGGUUUAUAACUCUCGGGAAGAAAUGCCUCCACCUGACUAUAACUAUGAGGUGGCUGAGGACUCACUGGAGGAAGAGAAGGAAGUGGAAGAGGAAGAGGAGGAAGGGGAGCAAGGAGAGUUGCACCUAAAAUCCCAACUUGUCCCUCAGGGCUCUGGGGGAUCAGAGGUGGAGCUGCAUCUGCCACCCAAUGAUAUUCUUCAUGUUCCUGGAGAUUUUGAAGGCUCCACAGUCUCAGGAGCAUCUGGGGCCUCUGGGUCUGGAGGCUCAGGCGCAGAAUCCAGUGCCUCUGGGGACAUUAUCCUAAUAUCCAGUCCCUCAAAGGAGUUUUUCAGCUCUGAAGGAUCUGCAGAGUUCUUGUCAUCUGGGGAUCUGUUGAUAUCAGGGGAUUUCUCAGGCUCAGGAGAUACCAUGGGAUCUGCUAUUUCUGGAGCCUCUGGGGACUUUGCCUCUGGAGGUUCUGGGAUUGCCAUUGAGCUCCCCAUUGGCUCUGGAGAGUCAGGGGAACAGUCUGGCUCUGGGUUCUCCGGAGAUCCUUUGUUUUCAGGGGCUUCUGGAAGCUCUGGGGUUUCUGGGGACUCGGAUGAGUCCGGAAUAGGGAUAACUUUAUUAUCUGGAGGGGCCUCAGGAGGCUCAGGGGCCUCAGGGGACUUUGCCUCCGGAGACAUAGAGGUCUCUGGAACCUCUGGGGCUUCUGGUGUCUCUGGCUCUGGAGACAUUGAGGUCCCUGAAAUAACUCUUGUCCCUAAACCUGAUGAAGAGGAGGAGCUGCUUCCAAUCACACCUGAAACCCCUCAGGAGGGGGCUAGCAGUAUAGAAGAGACAGUGAGCUCUGGUUUGCCAGAGCCUGAACAGCCAGAGGAGCCUGAUGAGCCUGUGGUUGACAGACGAGGCAUGCCCACGUGUUUGCUGUGCACAUGCCUGGGCGGGUCUGUGUAUUGUGAUGACUUAAAGCUGGAUAGCGUUCCACCUCUGCCCAAAGACACCACUCACUUCUACGCCCGCUACAACAGAAUCACCAAGAUCAACAAGUCAGACUUUGCCUUCAUGAACAAGCUGAAGAAGAUUGACCUGACUGCCAAUGAGAUAACAUCCAUUGAAGACAGAACAUUUAUGGGCCUGCCAGAGCUGGAGGAACUGGUGAUCCGAGAAAAUCACAUCUCGCAACUGCCAGCUCUACCAGAGACCAUGACUCUGAUCGAUGCCAGCCACAACCAAAUUGGCUCAAAGGGUAUUCUCAAGGAGGCAUUUAAAGAUAUGACUGGCUUGCAGUACCUGUACCUAACAGAUAACACCGUUGACUACAUCCCGGUGCCUCUACCGGACAGCCUGAGAUCUCUACACCUACAGCGCAACAAUAUUCAAAUGAUGCACGAGGACACUUUCUGCAACCUGAAUGACUUCAACUACAUCAGGAAUGCACUGGAGGACAUCCGUCUGGAUGGCAACCCAAUCAACCUCAGCAGGACCCCGCAGGCUUACGUCUGCCUGCCCCGUAUACCUAUCGGGGAUCUCAUUUAGCUAUACAUGUACCUACACUCUUGCACACAACUUCAACUAAAUGCACACAUUUUUGUACAUACUGACAUGCAAACUCACGGUGUUUUCACUACUCAAACAAACCGGCAAUUGCAAUAGUGUGUUACCGACAAGAUGUCAUACAUGCUGCUGAAGUACAUGCAAAACUGUGUGGAAUUUCAAAUUUCAUCCAAAAACCACAUACAAUACAAGAGAGAUUCAGAGGAUCAAGCACAUAUACACAACAAUACUUUCUUCAAACCAGUUCAAAUGCUUUUUGUUGAUGUUUUUUUUACCAGGAAUACACCAGAGACUUUAAAAAUCUUUUUUUUAGACACCAUUAAAUGGCAUGUAUGUUUCUGCAACAUGUCUUCCCAUGACUGGUUAGACUGGUUAGAAAAACCAACCAAUAUACUGUUUAAAUAUGUUUGUUUUGUAAAAAUAAAAAGUAAUAUUAAGAUUAAUGACUAAUCUAACACUUUUUGGAGAUGUAUACUGGCAUAAAGUUAUUGAAGCUGGAGCUUAAUGAAGGUAAUUGAGUAUCUAAUGCAAUAAAAGACGCAUUUAAACACAAUCAUUGGUUGUAAAGUCUGUACUGUAAUAUAAAAAUAUAUAUAUGAAAAGUUUUUAUUUCUUUUUUCUACAUGAACUGCAAUAAUUGGUAUACUACACUUAAAAAAAUGGUGUUUCAUUCGUGCACAAGAGCCGAGACCAAGAACUCUUAUGUGUAGAGUCAAUCAAGUAAAGACUAUUGUUUUGGGGGUGGGUGGAAGGGGGAGGGUUGUUUAUGAUUGUGGAUGGGGUGAAGUAUAGUGCUAAUAGCUCCCUACUGUGUGAUCUGUAUGGAAUAACCACAAGUGAAUAAAGUCGUUUUGAAGACCUCUCCAAACUUGGAGUGGCUCAACGUUUUUAUUGACAAAGCUGAAACAGGUUGUGGAUAUUGUGGACUCUGAUUUCCAUGACGAUGCAGUCAUGGUGGAAACUGCC